UUCAGUUAGUGUUGAAUGCAAAUAUAAAUUAAUUCACUCAUGAUAAAGAUAAUUUUUGGAUCAAACACAACAAUGGCGGCAGUCAGAAGGAAACAGAGCAUCACAAUGGCCUCGAAUCUUCUGAAAACCCUAACAGGAAGAUCUUUCAAUUUCCCCUCAAAUUCGAGAAGCCUUAGCGGUGAGAUCAUCACCUCCCACACUGCCAAGUGGAUGCAGGAUGCUAGCAAGAAAUCUCCCAUGGAAUUGAUCAAUGAAGUUCCACCUAUCAAGGUUGAGGGUAGGAUUGCUGCCUGCGAAGGAGACACUCCUGCUCUUGGGCACCCAAUUGAGUUUAUUUGCCUUGAUAUGAACGAGCCAGCAGUGUGCAAGUAUUGUGGGUUACGCUAUGUUCAAGAUCAUCACCACUAGGGUCUGCGCAAUGGAAAUUCCUGAACUUUACUUUUAUAUGCAAGUGGCAGAGAUUACAUUAUUCAUUUGUACUAUUGAUACUGGCAGUGUUCCUUCUUCUAAUAAAGGAUCAGCUUUGACAUGUAAUACAGAUUCCUUUUAGCUGUUGCGCUUCAACAUAUAGUUUAGUUCCCUUUGAUUGA